AUGGCCCAGGCAGACGCGAAUAACCUGCACCACUACAACAGGAAUACCGUCACGGAAGGUAACGCGAAUGUGCUGAACGAAUGGGGCGGCAUGAAGGCGAGUUCGCACACGUUUAUUAAGGACAUGAGCAAAGGAUAUUCGUGCCCGGUGAAACUUAAAAAAGGUGAAUCAAUGGGGGAAGUAGACGGAGCGACUAGCGAAUUUGCUGCUCCAUUCUACCCAGAGGAAAACAACACACAACGGAGAAGGCGAAGCACUCACCUGGUCGAGCAGACGUCCGAACUUUUUUGCGAUGACCAGGUGGGAGACCAGACACCUCAACCAGCAUGUGACGUUCGAAUGGGGGAACCCUACGAUGGAGUGGGCACCUCGAGGAGAGAAAGACGAAGCAGUCACGGGGGAGACGCAAAGAAACGGGUGACUACAAAACUUGCAGACAGCCACAUACUGAACAAGCUCACGAGGACGCUGUUGCAGGGAAUUCAGGAGAAGGUGGAGGAAGAGCGUAAAGCAUCGAUGAGGGAAGUUAAGGGUAAGCAAAACGGCGAAGAAAAAUCCACCUGUACAGGGCGCUCAAGCUCAGCGAUGCGUGAACAGAACUUAUGGAAUGCGAAGGACGAAUUGGGUGGAGCACCUCCCAAAGGGGGACUCCCUAAUGAUGCGAAAUGGACUACGUUGAACAGCGGUAACCAAGGUGUAGUGUUCCGGAGAAAGGGGCGAGCUUCCCACGUUAGUAGUGGUCCAAACGGGGGUAACGCUCUGACUGCUAAAACGUCAACCACAGGCGUGCAGGUCACGCCGCAAACAGAACAAACCUUCUACGUGUACCAGACGGAGGGACAAAUCCCAGGCUCCUGCGAAAACAACGACUUUAUUGGACUCGCGCAACAGGAAGGAAAUAGACACAGUGUGAGUAACAAAAGCGUCUGCUUCGUGGAUGAGGCAAGACACAGCAGUGGUGGUUACGUUGAUUCGGCACAGGGGCAACAAGUGUAUCUUCAGGAAGGUGUAAACAACGGAACGCAUCCUUACCUUGCUCAGGAGUCGCUCAUUGUGGAUGGAAACGGCUACGUGGUUGGAAGCGGUACUGAUAAAGUGGGGGGUGUGCUAAAACGACCCGAUGAAGGGGGCUUCCACUUGGUUGGCACGGGGGACGUGGGGAGUUACGUGGGUCAGCAGGGCAUCGCCAGUCAGGCAGUCCAUACGAAUUGGAGCGGCACCCCCCAGUACGGCAGUCAGCCCAAUUAUGGCACACAAACCAACUAUGGAAGCCACAUCCAGCAUAGUGGUCACCCCAAUUAUGGUACCCAAAUGAACUACGCAAACUAUGACGUGACGAAAACCCCCGCUUCAGCGUCGAUACGGAUCAGCACCGUCGGUCAUCCCAAACGAUUGUCCCAUCCGCAGAGGAAGUCUUUCCACGUGCCACCCAGAGCGAGUUCGGCGAAAAAAAACUUCUUCUGCAACAGCUCCGUAAAGAAUAAGCAGCUCCACGGAAGGAAACAGUUAAUGGGGAACAAAACGGAAAUAUUAAUUUACCCCAACGGGUCGAUGAGGGGGAGUGCUGACCAGACGAAUGGAUCUAAGAAGUAUUCACUUGACAGACGGGGAAGUCCCUUUCUCCUUUCCUCACCCAGCAAAGCAACAACUCGUUUCCCCAGCAGCAACAUUUUCAUUCGAACCAAAUCGCUGCGGCGUCAAUCACAGGAUGGAACGAACAGGAAGGGGUCUGUGUCUCCCUUAAAUAAGUUUUCCCUAGGUAGACAGAAAUCCGUUCCAGUGAGGACCCACUCAAGGAAUACUACCACCACCCCUAUGUGCACACAAGAAAUAACAUAUAGUUUCCCACCACAGGGGGGUUGCAUCCCUGGGGUGGUAGGAGAUCAGAGAGUUAUACAAGCCUUUGCGUCUACCCUCCCUCAUGGAACUCACCACAGUGGAAUGUUCAUAGGGCAAAACAGCAACUCAGGUGAUGCAUACAAAGGGGACUUCAAUGAAGAUAUGAACAGCUACGUAAAUAAGUGUUCCACGGAUGUGUCUAGCAGGGUGGCGGACGUUGGAUCUCCCCUGAGUGAUCAGAUUACUUCUUUGAAUAGUAAAAUUGGAAGGCUAACCAGUAGAAUUCGAUCCAUAAACGGGGAGAAGUGGAAUUUGAGCGAGUUGGCCCGGCUGUACAAGAACGAGUGCAACCGGCUGCGUGAAGUCAUCGCGAAGAACAAGCAGACGCACUACGACCCAGUGAACUUCCGCAAAGUGAACUACGAACAGUUGAACGGGCAACUGGAGGAGGAAAACGAAAAACUCCGAAACCAAAUGACAGCCCUCGGAAAAGCAAUCCUUUCAAGCUAUGACAUAAAUGGGAUAAAAAAAAUCCUCGCUAGGCAGAUAGUAAACCUGAAUGAGGAGAAUGAAAAAUACAGACAAGAGAUCAAAGUGCUGAAAAAGCAGAAGGACGUUAAUAGGGAGGUUCUGUUUAAUCUGAGCAGAGGGGAUGUCUCCACGGAUGCCAUCGACAGUGUGUUCAUGCAGACGAAGAACGUCGUCAUAGAGGGCCACCAAACUAUAAACGUGUUUUACCUUAACCUGAAGAACCUCAUCGAUGAGCUUUUUCAACGAAUAAAGUUCCUCCUCCUGGAGGAUGAAUACACCCCGAACGAGAAGCUGCUCUACGUGACCAGCCUGGAGGAGCUAGUCAACGAGAAUUUCGAGGAGAUAAACCACAUCGUGGUUAAGAUAAACGAGCUGCGAAAAAAAAUGAAGAACGUGAAGGCACACAUCUUUAACACGGACAGGAGCAACCCCAACUGCUCGUGCAAGCCGUCCAGGAUCAUCCUCGAAGACGAUAUCAACCACCUGGAGGAGGAACUGCACAACCACUCGAUUAUGUUGAAAAAUUUGCGAAAAAAAAAUCUGGCCCUGUGUCUGAACAACCUGCAUUGCCAAUUUGAUCACGACGAGAAAGGUGAUGUCCCCCCCGGAGGUGCAAUUAAAGACCACCACAAAACGGAUAAGCAUAAGAACAGUAAUAAGGAGAAGGCUCUUCACAGGAGGGAGGAGGGAAAGGCUACUCAAGCAGUCAAGGAUAGACCUCCCACUAAUUUAGACAAGGAAGAAGCGAACUUGGAAGAGAACCCCGACGAGUCCUACCACAACAGGCUGCACGAGAAGAUCCGAGUCAUCGAGCAUCAGCUGCACACCCUGAACGAUCACAUAAAUUCCAGCUUCUGCGAUGGCGAUAAAGAGCAUGGAGGUGAUGACGCCCAACUAGGCUGCGCAGAACUUGAUGGUCCAACAAAGAAAUGCACGACGAAGAGGAAACAAAAAAUAACUAACGAAAGGCAUGCAAAAGGAGAAUCGUCUUACACCUCUUCAUCACCCCGUUCAUCUGUAUCCGAUGAAAGUGCAAGUGUGCCCUCAGAAAAUAAAAAUUGGUUAAGUGAGGAAGAAGUGGAACGCAGCAAGAGCAGGAUGAUCAAACUGCUAGCACUGCUCAAGGGAAAACACAACGCGGACUUGGUAGAAAACACCAAGAGUUACGUCAGCUCCUUCGGGGAAUAUAAACCAAACAACAAGUAUAACUUACAGAAAAUUUACGACAACUUGAAAGCCAUACGGAACACAAUAAAGAACACGGAGGAUGACACGGAGCGGAACAUCCUGGCCCUGAUCGAAUCCCAGGCCAACGAAAUAAAAAUAUUUGGAAACUGUGUAGAUGACUUGAAGACGACUAUGGCAUCCUGA